AGACGAUCUCAUCGCAAAUCCCGUAAUGGCUGCUCACAGUGCAAGACACGACACAUCAAAUGUAAUGAAGUCAAACCACAAUGUGGAAACUGCCAACGUCUGGACAUUGCCUGCAGCUUUGCCCAACCAUCGGCCAGUCCACGCCCUUCUCUGCCAACCGACCUGUCAACUCCAAUCAGCAGUCCGCCAAUCAUUCAGCCUUCAACCCAGCCCCUAUUUAUGCUAGAUUUGGAGCUAUACCAUCAUUUCGUCUAUCACUACAGUGCUUCUCUGGUCCCGGAUCCCAAAGUCCGAAGCGACGUCUUCGAAAAAGUCUUGGAACAUAGUCUGUCCUAUGAUUUUCUGACGCACAACUUUAUGGCUCUCUCGGCUCUGCAUUUGUACUCCAAAAAUGCUUCUCGAUCAGAACUAUUCGAUAGAGCCUGCUAUCUACAAGGCAUCGCCAUCCAGCAUGUUCAGCCUGUCAUUGCAAACCUGCGCCAGGAAGAUUCCCUAGCUGCCCUGCUCUUCUCUAGCCACACCUCCGCUUUUGGCUUGGCUGAGUACAUGCUCAAUCCUCACCAUGAUGAUACCGAUCCAAUUGACAAGAUUGUCGAAUGCUUCCAGUUGAGUCGAGGCAUCAAGAUUGUAGUCUCGCCGUACUGGCCUUAUUUGCGCCAAACUUGGCUCAAGAAACUCUUUCGUGUCGAGACAGGUGACGAGUCCCACGAGGAUCGGAUUCGUGCCACCCUUGCCUCUGACUAUCCAACAUAUCCAAUGGUGCGAUCACUUGCUUUCGGCCAAGAAGAUGCAGAACGACGGAAAUGCUGCCUGGAGACGACUGAAGACAUCUUUACAUUCAUCGGGGCUUUGACACAACAUCCGGAAGAUUACCCAACAUCUGCCUAUCUCAUCGAUCAGUGGGUCGUAAAGCUACCUGCCGUCUUCAAGGAUAUGCUGGUAGAGCGAAGGCCCAUUGCUCUUAUCAUUCUGGCAUAUUGGGCUGUUUUGACGAGCAUGAAUCCACGCCCGUGGCACCUUAGAGGUUUGGCUGAAGUUCUCAUCGCAAGAAUCGAGACCAUUCUCGGAGAUGAGUGGGCAGAGUUUGUUCGCUGGCCCAAAGAAAGGGUGAUA